ACUGCGGGAACGUUACAUGUUUGAAGUCUACUGAAAGGCGCUGGUUGUGCUUCCAAUCAAUUUCGGAGAGCUGUGUUGUGGCUGGAUGAGGAGGCGGAGGAGGAGUAUGCGGGCUUCGCAGACAGUCAAACGCAAAAGAGCCAAGAAGAAGGCUCAUCCGCUCGCCUCCAUUGACGUCAGCGCAGUAUCACAUGAACCGGCAGCGACCAAUCGGAGCGGCGCGACUGGAGAGAGCUGGCUCCUUUCCAGCAAGAUAGGGGCAAAAUACGGAAUCAAAGGAAACCGAGCCAGGGGGGCCGAAACGAGCGCACAACCCCACAGAGGCAGACCGAACCGCCGCAAUCGGAGCUUUCUUUUCCUUUUCGUCGGUCUUUCGGCUUCCGGAUCUCUUCGUUUCGUCAUCUAAAUGGAUAAGGCCGGAGCCCUGGCUUAUUGAAUCGCUUGUCGACACGCGCACGACGGACGCAUUUCAUGGGGAGGAAAAUGGUGGAUUGUUUACAGUGCAUGAUCAAAUCCUCCCCCCGCGUGGAUAUCCUGCCCUAAAGGUGUUGGAAGGCUCCUUUUAGCUGCCCGUCUUAGGUGAUUGGUCUUGUUGGAGCAGCUCUCGGUAGGUCUGUAGCGAGGUGGGUACAUAGGUGGAUAGGUAGGUACCCCCUCCCCUAGCUUGAGCAGACGGUGCUCUUCUUUUGCAACACAUGUAGCUUGGGUCUUGCUUGGCCGUCUCGUGUCGAGCCAUCGCCUCGCAUCGCUCAACGGUUGGAUUACUCGAUGAUGGCUUUCAACAGCGCCGGGGGAGGCAACGAGUUGCACAACAAUCAGUUUUAUCAGUGCGAGGAGAGCAAGCCUUUGCUGGGGGACACGUCUGAGGCCAAUAAGAACGCCAAAGUCGCCGCGGGGCCGUGCAAGAGGAUCGUGCAGCAGUGCGGCGGCGGCGGGAUGCGCUACAAACUGCUGCACGAGGGCGACAUCCAGGUGUGCGCGCUUAAGCACCCGCGCACCUUCCUCAGCAAGAUCCUCACCUCCAAGUUCCUGCGCAGAUGGGAGCCGCAUCACCUCACUCUCACCGACUGCAGCCUGACUUCCGCCACUCCCACUGGUUACAUGGAGAUGUCGCUGUCGUACAGCUCAAUAGAGGACUUGCAGCUGCUUUCAUGGGACAAUGCACCAAAGUACUGUGUCCAGCUCAGUUUCCCUGGUGGCACAGUCCUGUUGCAGGCUGCUAACAGCUACUUAAGGGACCAGUGGUUUCACUCCUUACAGUGGAAGAAAAAGAUCUACAAAUACCGUAAGGUGUUGAACAAUCCAAGCCGCUGGGAUGUUGUGCUGAAGGAGAUCAGAGCGCUCGUAGACAUGGCUCUCACCUCGCCACUGCAGGACGAGUCCAUCCAUCAGGCCCCUUUACAUAUCAUCUCUAUUUUGCUGGCUGAGAAUUCUAAUCUCAGCACACAGGAUCACGAGAACAUCAUUGUGGCCAUUGCACCUCUUCUGGAAAACAACCACCCACCGCCAGAUCUUUGCGAGUUCUUCUGUAAGCACUGCAGAGAACGGCCACGCUCCAUGGUUGUUAUAGAAGUGUUCACUCCUGUGGUCCAGAGAAUCCUUAAACACAAUAUGGAUUUUGGAAAGUGCCCUCGACUGCGCCUCUUCACUCAGGAGUACAUUCUGGCCCUCAAUGAACUCAAUGCAGGAAUGGAAGUUGUCAAGAAGUUUGUUCACAGCAUGCACGGGCCAACAGGGCAGUGCCCUCAUCCACGUGUGCUGCCUAACCUGGUUGCAGUAUGUCUUGCUGCCAUUUACUCCUGUUAUGAGGAGUUCAUUAACAGUCGAGACAACUCUCCUAGCCUUAAAGAGAUCAGAAAUGGCUGCCAGCAACAGAAUGACCGCAAGCCUCCAAUGCCUCUCCGCCUGCUGCGCCCAGAGCCCCCAACGCCACCUUCUACCACCCUGCUUCCCCUCUCCUGCAAUCCCAGUACUCUUCAGCCACCUCCUCCUACUCCCCCAAACUCUCCACCAUCAAUCCCCAUCUGCUCCCCAACAUCCAGUCUGCCCCUCUCCCCUCCAUCUGUUGUCAACUCCAGCGAGAUCCUGGUGGAGUUAGAGCGCAACAAUAACUCUGCCAACACAAAGCGGAAGUCAGAACACGACAGUGAACCCAACCUCAUCGACUGUCUACUGGUCAGCCCAGCUGUGAACACUCUAUCCAUCCAGCUGCCUGCCCAGGCGGACCGUGUGCUUGGCUGUUUUGCUCUCAUCCUAAAGAUGCUGUCGGAUUAUGACGACUGGAGACCUGCAUUGGCCAGCCUAUUGCAGCCCAUCCCUUUUCCGAAAGAAGCUCUUGCACAUGCUAAGUUCACAAAGGAACUGAAAUAUGUCAUUCAGAGGUUUGCAGAGGAUCCAAGGCAGGAAGUCCAUUCCUGCCUACUCAGUGUGCGUUCAGGAAAGGAUGGCUGGUUUCAACUCUAUAGUCCGGGAGGAGUGGCCUGUGAUGACGAUGGAGAACUGUUUGCCAGUAUGGUUCAUAUCCUGAUGGGAUCCUGUUAUAAGACCAAGAAGUUCCUCCUCUCUUUAGCUGAGAACAAGCUUGGCCCCUGCAUGCUAUUGGCUUUGCGUGGGAACCAGACAAUGGUGGAGAUUCUGUGUCUCAUGUUGGAGUACAACAUCAUAGAGAACAAGGACACCCAGCUGCAGAUCAUCUCCACCCUGGAGAGCACCCAGGUGGGCUUCCGCAUGUACGAACAGCUCUGCGACAGACAGCGAGAACUUAAAGAACUGCAAAGAAAAGGAGGCCCCACCCGCCUGACUCUUCCAUCCAAAUCCACGGAUGCAGACUUGGCUCGCCUGUUGAGUUCGGGUUCUUUUGGGAACUUGGAGAAUCUCAGCCUGGCCUUUACCAAUGUCACCAGUGCUUGUGCUGAGCAGCUCAUCAAGCUGCCGUCACUCAAACAACUAAACCUGUGGUCCACUCAGUUUGGGGAUGCAGGACUGCGGUUGUUGUCAGAGCACUUGGCCUGCCUUCAGGUGUUGAACCUGUGUGAGACCCCUGUCACUGAUGCUGGUUUACUGGCGCUGAGCUCCAUGAAGAGUUUGUGUAGUCUGAAUAUGAACAGCACGAAGCUUACAGCUGACACAUAUGAGGACCUCAAGGCCAAACUGCCCAACCUGAAAGACGUGGAUGUUCGGUACACUGAGGCGUGGUGAUCAACUGCUCGCGCACCCUGUAUGGGUCACCCAAGAAGCAUAAACACUUCACAGUUUACAUGUUUUUUGUUGUCUUAUUGCAGAUGUCACUCAUUAGAAUGAUCUUACUUUGACAUGUGCAUGUGUGCGAGGAGUGCAUACGUACAGUAGAUGCCAUCACUAGGAAGGAAGGUUACGAUUUUCUCCAACAGAGAACGCAUUAUGGACCUUGUUGCUACUGCUGUCAGUGUAUAGUGGACCCUUUUUUGCUAAUGUGAUCGGAGGACAUUCAAGGACCUGCUAAACUGUUACAAAACAUAUUUUUUCUUUUCUGUAGUAUGUUGUCAGAUAUUUCAUCUGUCCCUUCACCAGUCCAAAUCCACCUCAUGAUGUUUUGUGGAAAAGAGUAACACCUGCUCUGAAACUUCCACUCUCUCUUUUUUUUUUUAAACCUUUAACUCUGUCAUUUAUCUCAUGUGAUGAAGUGCUUACAUUCCAGCUCUUCUGUGCACUAAUCCAAGAUGUAGCUAUAUUCAAACGGACUUGUUUUACUCUUAAUCAACUCAGUCCCCCCUGUCAUUCUCCAGAUAUAUUUCCUCUUCCAGCUUUUCGAAGACUUCAGUUAGGAACAGUGCUGCCUUUGUGAGGUAUAAGACUGUGCCUGCUCCUUAUUUACAAACGCAUUCAAAGGCAACACAAAAACGUUUCUAUGAACAUAUUUUUCCAGGCGUCUGCCUUUCUUAUAUUGUGUGUUUAUAUGAAGAUGAAUGUCAGAAAUGGCAUUUUCACAAAACAGUUUGGGAUCUCUGUAGGAGAAUUUAACAGCGAUAGCGAAAUAUAUCCUUUUAAUUUGUCAGUGUACAUACUGAUCAGCUCCCAUUACUAUUUAAUAUGACUUUGGUGUAGCAGUAGCUGGGCGGUCUGGGACUGCCUGUUAUUUAUAAGACUGUUUUAAUGUCUGGGAUUUAAUCCUGGCAGUGUCAAUGUACACAGACUAUGUUCUUUUUAGUUGUAUGCUAUCUUGUUUUUGACGCAAAAUACGUGAAGCCAACCUAGAGUGUAACCAUACGUGCAUCUCGAGUGUAACCAUACGUGGAUCUCUGUAGUACCAUGCCACAGUGGUCACUUAGAUCUGUUAAUGUACACCUGUAUACGAGACACAUCACCAGCUAAGAGUUUGUAUAUUUUCAUAUGCUCUGUAUUUUUGUUCACUGUUCGAGCCUGUUGGACAUGGAGAAAGGACACUUGCUAAAACAUCACAUUUGUUUUCUGUUUUGUUUUUUUGCUCAUUACAUCAAGCCAACAUUAGCUUAUUACGCCAGGCCGGUGAAGCAGAUCUUGCGGCGAGCUGUGAUAAGACGCAGUCUGACCUCCCUUGCUUGCGUCACCCUCCAGACUUUUUUUUUAUGCUGUAUUUAAAUUGGUGGUAUUUUUCAGGUUGUUUGUAAACGAAAUAUUGGGACAAUUAAUGUGUGUGUGUGUGGUGUGUGUGUCUAUAUAUAUAUAUAUAUAUAUAUAUAUAUAUAUAUAUAUAUAUAUAUAUAUAGACACACAUACAUACACACUGUAAGUCAGCCACUUUUAUCAUCUGUAUGUGGCUCCUUUUUUUUUUUUUUUCAGUUCGGCUCCAUAUACAUCUAUUUUCUUUGUAUGUGCCACCCUCAGAAUGCUCCAGGUUGUCGAUACAAAACAAAAGUGACAGCAGAGAGUAGGAUGCUUACCACUCCAAGUUAUUUACUAUUUAUUGGGUGAAAUGCAGUUUUCUGCUCAGUCAGUAGAUUUUAAGGUCAUCCUCAGCUGUACUAACUUUCAUAUCCGGUAUAAUGUACAUACCAUUGUAUAUAGUCUUUCUUUUCAUGUAUUGAAAUCAUUUUUAAACCCUUUUCUUUUUUUCCUGAAUUAAUCUUUGCCUUCCUUUAUCGGUGGGCUGGUGUUGCCUUCAUCUAGCAAUCUGUGUGGUUGUUUUGUCGUUUCAUACAAAAGUGCACUGUAUUCAAAAUAAUUGUUUUCGUUUCAUAAUAUUUUUGAGUUUCCAGCUUUACAGAUUAGAUGGCAUAAAUCAGAUGUUUUGUUGGUGUUGGUGAUUCUUUUUAUAUGUUUGAAAUUGUGAUAAAGGGUCUGAUCACUAUCUAAGGGUAAGUACUGAAACUGAACGAUCGGAUAUGUUUUUUUUUCAUCGUCCUUUUAUAGGCCGCGACAGAUCUUGUCAUGUUCUGUAAUUAUGACUGUAUUGUUAUUAUAUAUUAAAAAACAAAUAAUGUACCAUUUUUGGUGCAUACUUGUCCGAAGCUAUGAAUUUACAAAACACAAAGACCACUAAAGUAAUAAUAACAUAAAAACCCUCCCAAGAAAAGUACUGUAAUCUUGUUACCUGACAAUUUCAGGAGUAGCACAUUCAAUGGCCAAUACUGCCAUUCAACAAAGGCCUUUGGCUUCUUAGACCCACAAAUUCAUUCAAUUGAAUUUUGCUGUACUUUGUUUACAAUCUGAUUAUUUUCGCAAUUCAAAUUUGCUUGUUUAAUUGCUAAGAAGUACACCUAAUUGAUAACCACACUCAUAUUUGGAAAAUAUACUGUGGCGGAAUCUACUGGUUGUGUGAUGAAUGAAUAAACUACAGCCAA